CAUCUUUGCACGAACCGGUGAAGUUGCGCGUCUUUCACGUGGAAUCUAACAAGCGGGCGAACAUGAUUGCCGAUAGUUUGCAACGCGUACGGAACCAGUUCCAGGUUGAAACCGGUUUGGAACUAGUUCCUUUCGGUUUUUCGGCCCCCCACGAGAACUAAGCGUAUAGUCGACAUCAGCGAAUAGCACUCCAACCAGAUUACUUGAUGCGAUCACAACGUCGUCGACGCUGAUUUUCACCUGGACGAUAUCAUGGUUAAUAAUAAGGAGUCGAAAGAGAACAAAAUCGACAGUCACAUGGAAGUCAAAGUGGAACCGACCCUUCAGUGUUACGUCGAGGAGGAGCACGAGAACAGCUUUUCAAAUUUGGAGAAUGCCAGCACGAUUCCGUCGAGUGUCGACGUAGGCGCGUUGAACUUGUGGACCAGCAAGGCCACCACCUGCCUGAUCAGCCAGUACAAGAAGUAUCGAUCGUUGGUCGGACAAUCGACGCAGAUCAGGAAUCUACGAGAGAUGUUCGAGAUGAUAUCGCUGGAGAUGCAGAAUUACGGAUUCUACUUUAGUCCGCAGAAAUGCGAGAAUAAAUGGCGGGUUCUCGAGCGCAAGUAUAAAAACCUCGUGCUCCGCGAGCGGCUGAAAAAACCGGGCAGGAUGCGACAUUACGGACAGUGGGAACAUAAACGCGCCUUGGACGAGAUCUUCAAUGAGAAGAGGCAUGUGUACCUAGAGGCGAACGAGUUGCAGCCGUCAAGCGGAUCAUCUAAUCUCUUGAUUCAUCCAAAACCAGGUUGCGAUCAAGGCAGCGACUCGCUUGACGAUCGACAACGCGAAGAUCCUUUAGCCCCCAUGACCAAUAAGAAAGACGGUGAAACAUUGGAACGUAAGGAAAUUUUGACGUCAUUAUUCGAAAAAUUUAUAGAGGAAAUGGCAAAGAAUUUUGCACUGGCUGAAAAGAACAAAGAGAGGCGGCACAAAGAGAAAAUGGCUGUGAGACAUAAGGAAUUGGAACUGAAGAAGCAGCUUCUCAAGCUAAAAGAACAGAAGAUGGAAUUACAAAGAUGCCAAAUGAUUGCUGCCGCACAGAACUUGCGUUUGAAUAUGAAAUGAUGAAUAUGCGUCGCUCGAUUUGCACGGAUAUAAU